UUGAAUUUUCAUAUAUUGGCCUGCACGCCCCUGGGGACAGGACUGUGGGACACAGCGGCUGCACUGCUAGUCCUACUCCCGCCAGCACCCGAGAGCCAGCCCCUGGCAGUGUCCAUCCUGCCCGGAAGGAGCCCAGGAGUCUGGGACUCAACCUCCUUCUCCCUCGAGGGACCCAGGAGUUUAGUCCCAGCCUCCCGCCUCUGCCGCAGGGUCCUUAUCGCCCCCGCCUCCGUCCUAGCUUCGGGACCUUCCACCUCCUGACUUCCACCGCAGCCAUGUCGCUCCUCCUGCUGGUGGUCUCUGCCCUCCACAUCCUCAUCCUCAUCCUGCUUUUCGUGGCCACUCUGGAUAAGUCCUGGUGGACCCUCCCCGGGAAGGAGUCCCUGAAUCUCUGGUACGACUGCACUUGGAACAACGACACCAAAACGUGGGCCUGCAGUAACGUCAGCGACAACGGCUGGCUGAAGGCUGUGCAGGUGCUCAUGGUGCUGUCCCUCAUCCUGUGCUGCCUGUCCUUCAUCCUGUUCAUGUUCCAGCUGUACACCAUGCGGCGAGGGGGGCUCUUCUACGCCACCGGCCUCUGCCAGCUCUGCACCAGCGUGGCUGUGUUUUCCGGGGCCCUGAUCUAUGCCAUCCACGCCGAGGAGAUCGUGGCAAAGCACCCGCGCGGGGGCAGCUUCGGGUACUGCUUCGCGCUGGCCUGGGUGGCCUUCCCCCUGGCGCUGGUCAGCGGCAUCGUCUACAUCCACCUGCGGAAGCGGGAGUGAGCGCCCCACCCGCUGCCCAGCCCCGACCCUCCAGAAAAUAAAACCGUUUGACC